CUGCAAUAGAAACCCAUAUGGUCUCCCGCCCUGUGUCCACCUGUUGCGAUUACAAGCGCUCCGACUGACAGGCUGGGAGAGUGAGGCGCAGCUCUGCACACCAGAUAAACAGACCGGCUCAGUUCAUGGCUCGUCACUGUCCUGCAGAGCCCCUGCCCAAGAGGACUGCAAUGUUUGUAUCACCAGGAAAUUACAAGGUAAACAGCUUUUCAGAUGUUAAUGGUACCGCAGGUUUUUGCGGAAUGAUGCGUACUUUGUCACAUGACUGUAGUCUCCAUGAAAGAGAAACUGACCAUUUAUGGAAACGUUAAUCCAGCAGUGACCGUUGUUGCCCUGCACUUGCUGAAGGGAACUCUAAAAAAACAACUUGAAGAGGAAUUAGAGGAACAGAAAACCAAAGCGAAAAAGAGAGACAACAACUUUCUUUGAGGACUAAACUCAUACAGGAAGUAAACCUAUUGGUGACCUGGAGAAGGGGAGUGAAGCAUGCAGAGGUACAAGGUUGGCACCGGGCUUCGCUACAGGCUGACUCUGGCCUCAGGGAUGUUGGAGUGUCUGUGCUUUGCUGGAGUUGUGUUUGGAUUCGCCUCUCUGGUGUUUGUGCUGAAGGAGGAUGGCUACUUCAGUCAACUGUGUGUCACUGUCCCGGGUACCAAUAGCACAGACUGUAGUAGACAGGAUGAGCAGUUCUCUCUGGUCUUCACCGUUGCCUCGUUCCUCAACAACUUCCUGAGCCUAGUCAAUGGCUACCUGUUUGAUCGAUUUGGCACCAUGGUGACCAGGCUGCUGGGAAUAUCUUUGUACACGGUUGGAACCAUUCUUGUUGCCUUAUCUAGUGCAGCAUUUUCAGAGCUGCUUUUUCCUGCCCUCUCCUGCAUCGCCGUGGGAGGAAUUCUGCUCCUCCUAACUAACAUGCAGGUGGGCAACCUGUUUGCUGCUCAUCGCUCAACCAUCAUCACCCUCUACAAUGGUGCCUUUGACUCCUCUGCAGCUGUGUUUCUCAUCAUUAAGGUACUAUUUGAACAGGGAAUUUCUCUCCAUUCCUCCUUCCUUGUUUUGUCCUUCUGCAGCAUCAUACACUUGUUGAGGACCUUCCUACUGAUGCCCAGAACCCACAUCCCCUACACCCUGCCACAAGGCUACACCUACGGAUUGAAUUGCGAAAAGGCCAACACUUACAACGUAGAGCAGUUUGAGGGGACGAGGGAAGGUGCGAUGACACUUUCCCAGGAGUCCUGUGGGAGGGACAACGUGCCACCAGCACCUGAGGACGGGACAGGGGCCCAAGACUCAGGAAAAGUGGCGAGUUUCCGGAGCUGUGUGCUGUCCUGGUUCUUCCUGUGGCACCUGGUGUGGUUGUCCAUUAUGCAGCUGAGGCACUACCUCUUUAUUGGCACGCUCAACCCCAUGCUCAACCGCCUGGCCAACAAUGACCCCAACCUGGUGAGUCAGUACACCAAUGCUUUUGCUAUGACCCAGCUGUGUGGAGUUCUGUGUGCUCCAUGGAAUGGACUCAUCAUGGACAGACACAAAGGAAAACCUCUGGCUCCUGGAGAAACCGAGCAGGAGGCGGACCUGCGCUCCUCCUGUCUGUCUCUGUUCCUAACCUCCCUGCAGUGCCUGCUGUUCUCUGUGUGCGCCUCCGUUUCUUUCCUCCCACUGCAGUACCUCACUUUUAUUCUACAAGUCCUCAAUCGCUCCUUCCUCUACGGGGGAAAUGCAGCGUUCAUUAGCAUUGCUUUUCCAGCCUGCCACUUUGGGAAGCUGUACGGCCUGGUGAUGUCCAUGUCUGCUAUUGUCUCUCUGCUGCAGUACCCCUGCUUUGCCCUGGUCAAAGGAGCUCUGGGAGGAGACCCCUUUUAUGUGGACAUUGCUCUGACUAUACUCACUCUGCUGGUGUUCAUCCAUCCUGUCUACGUCUUCAUCCACUGCAGGAAAGUAGCCCGCCACAGAGACGGCAACGCCCACACUGAAGUCACUAAUGGCUCCAAAAUGGCUGAAGCAAAGUUAUAGUGAUGGUCAUUCAAGUGCUUUAGUUAACUUCUAGACUUAACUGUUCAGGGGUCAAAUGUUUUUUUUGUAAAACUUUUCUUUAACCUAAGUGCACUGAUGACAUUUCAAAUGUUUCACUGCUUGUGAGGUCAGAUACAUGCUUUUAAAAAAUGUUUUCUAUUAUCCAAAAUGUGUUAGUUGAAUAAACAAUAUGAUUGUUUUGUGGCCUAUAUUUUAUAAGUGCUUCACUGAAAUUUCUUUACUGAGCUUUAGGGUUGGGUAUCGUUUAAAAUGUUAUAAGAGUACCAUAGCACCACCUUAAAGUGAUACCAAUACCAAUAGAGUACUUCAUUUGAUACCUUGCAAACAGUGCCACCUGUUGAUGCCAUAGUAGUUGAAUGGUAUUAAUUUUUAUUUGAAUGAGAGUGAAUAGUUUAGUGACCAGAGUUGUGGAAAACAAAUUUAAGUUUUGACACAUUUGUUUAAAAUAAAGAACGGAGAAUUGUUCUGUUAACUUUUGAUCAGUAAAUCUCGAGGAACUGAAAUGAAAGAUGGUUUUUCCUUUAGCAGU